UGAGUGCGUGCGAGUGUGUGCGACUGCACUAUUUGUUCAAGUAAUAUUGUGAAGGCUUAACUUUUUGCAGCCAGUGACGUCUUUUUGAUAGCUCAUUUUGAUGACAUAUUAAUUUACUGUAACUCACUGAGACUUCAUUCAUUCAUUCAUUCAUCCACUCCACAGAAUAUUUGGUCCACUAUGCGUGUAGCUGCUCUCAACUCUGGAACACAGAUUCCUCUCUUGGGUCUGGGCACAUACAAGCUGAACACCUAUGAACAGCUGUACAAGUCCAUCAAUGCUGCCCUUGAUGCAGGUUACCGUGCCUUUGACACGGCCGCAGUAUACGGCAACGAAGCACAACUGGGUCAAGUCAUGAGGGAGCUCCUGCCCAAGCACGGCCUUGUUCGUUCUGACGUGUUCCUCAUCAGCAAGCUUGGACCAGAAGACCAUGGCCCUAGAGCCAAAGAAGGAUGCUUGAGGAGUCUUCAGAAGCUGGAUUGUGAAUAUGUAGACCUGUAUUUGCUGCACUGGCCUGGAGUUGCAGGUUUAGAACCAACAGAUCCUAUUCACGCCAAGUAUCGCUUGCAGAGCUGGGUUAUCCUGGAGGAACUCUAUGACAGAGGCAAAAUCAAGGCCAUAGGGGUCUCUAACUACACAGUGAGCCAUCUUUUAGAGCUGCUAGGAAGCUGCCGUGUGCCUCCAGCAGUGCUGCAGAUGGAGUGUCACCCGAAACUUGUUCAGAAACAACUCCGGGACAUAUGCAAAGAGGCAGGAGUUCACUUCCAAGCAUACUCGUCUCUAGGAAAGGGUGCACUCCUGCAGGAGCCGGAGGUGAAGGACCUUGCUGAGAGCCGUGGACGAACUCCAGCUCAGGUGUUACUCCGGUGGGCUGUUCAGCAAGGCAUUUCUGUUCUGCCUCGAUCAUCUCAACCGCAAAGUGUUCAAGAAAACAGCAGAAUCUUUGACUUUGAGCUAAGCGAUGAGGAAAUGCAGAGGCUUUCUAACCUCAACUGUGAAACUCAGUAUUGUACAAGAGAUUCCACCUCUAUUCGAUGAUAAAUUUGAUGAGUGUUUCAGUAACUGAUUAAUGAUCCAGGGCUUAAAUAUGCCUGAUAUCUCUCUCAAACAUUUAAGUCGAGUUUAAAAUUGCGCUUUGUAUUAAGUCAACUAUAGUCACUUGUAUUGAUUUCGUAAAAGUGCCUCUGGUCUUCAGACAUGGUAUAUUUGCAUGU